UGCUGAAGAACAGUAUGUGAGGACCCUUACAGACAAUGAAGCCCCAUUGUAUGUGGACAUGGGGUUAGAGGAACUAGAGGUGGGUCCCGAUGGACAACCUACACAGGAAGCCUUACAGAGCCAGGCUGAAAAGCUUGCUGAAAAGUUAGCUGAGCAAGCAGAAGCAGCAAAUAUUUUUAAGGAGGUUCCACCAGCUCAACCUGAGGCACCUGAGGUUCCCCCAUCAACACCUCAUGCCAGCACCUCCUCCCAAGCUGAGCAACCAGGCUACUCUAUGAUUUUGGCUAGGUUGGAAAAGGUUGAAGGGCAACAAAGUGCCCUUAUUAAAGGUAAGUCCGAGAUCUUGGGUCAAUUGCAGAAGCUGAUGACAAUGAUGGAAGAUCUUAGUAGGCCAGCUCCAGAUCCACACCCUCAGUCCACUGAAGAAGGCCCUCAGUCUCCUGUAGAUGAAGACAUUCUCCCUAACGAUUACAGACCUGAUGAUGUAGAUGAUCACAUUUUUCGCACACCAGAGGAUAUGAAAAUUACUAUAAUCGGAGAUACUGAAGAUUCUGAAGUACAAUUCUUAAACAUAGCUCCACCAGCACCGGAGAAGAGGAGAGAAAGAAAGAGGCCUAGGUGGUUCGAUGAGUACAUUGCAAUGAGGAAAAGGAAUAAGAAAUCGAAGACAGCAGUGAAUGUGGAUCCAUUGAGGGUUGUUGAUGGUAAAUUACUUAUGACCUUUCACAAGUGGUUGCUUGGCACCAUUGGGAAUAAAUAUCCGAGGGAAUGCUUCUCAGGGACACACGAUGCUGCUUGGUUCCUGAAACUGCAUACUCCGAGGACAUGGCUUUCUGACUCUCAUUUAGAUGCAGCAUUCCAUCUCAUGAGGAGGCGUCUAGAAUUUUAUCCUAACGUGUACCCUUAGAAAUGUGUUGUUAUGCCUACAAUUUUUCCCGAAUCAUUGAAGGCUCAGUGGGACGCUUUUCCAGGUUCUGACUACUCUAGAUUUAGUUGGGAUGACAGUAUAUUGGACCUGGUUAGGGGUGAUGCAGUCCAGUUCUUAUCGAGUUGGCAGAACAAGGAGUUCAUUUAUUUUGCCCUCUUCUUGAAAGACCAAUUGCAUUGGGUAGCUGUAGAGGCAGACCUGAAUGGGUGGAUGCUCAACAUCUUUGACUCCAGUAUUGGAUCAAUUUCCGAAAACGAUUUGAUCAGCUUGAUGGUUGACUGGUGUACCAUUUUCCCGUCGGUCUUGCGAGAGUCCGGUUUAUUUGAGAACCAUGACGUUAUACUCGCGCCUCAGUUGACAGCAUCAGAGAGCCAGGUCAGACCCUUCGAUUGGAAACUCACUCCACGUGAAUUCGUACCGCAAACAAAAUCCAGUGGCGAUUGCGGAUGUUACGUAAUUGAGCAUAUUGAACAUAAGCUUCUACAACUACCAUUUGAUAAUGUAACUGACAAUAAUAUGAAACUUUUUAGGCAAAGGUGGUGUGUAGACUUAUUCUACCAAAACUUAUGUUGAACGGUCUUAAUUUUUUUGAAUUGUAUAAUUUUUUUGAUUGCUCUU